UUCCACCCUUUCUCUCGGUCCCUCUCCAAAGCUCUGUUCUUUGACGCAACAUCGAUUGCUCUCUCGCUCCUUCUCCUCCUCAAUCAGGUUAGGUCUUGUUCAACGACGUAAAAAAUUCCAUUUGGGUUAUUUUUUUAACUAGUGAAGCCUGUGGAGAUGGAAGAGGAGGGUCACAAGGUUUCCCUGAAUGUGUAUGACUUGAGCCAAGGAUUGGCUCGCCAGCUCUCCACAACUUUUUUGGGAAAAGCUAUUGAAGCGAUAUGGCACACAGGAGUAGUAGUUUAUGGUAAUGAAUAUUAUUUUGGUGGUGGUAUACAGCAUUCUCCUGCUGGAACAACGCCAUAUGGAACCCCAAUGAGAGUGGUAGAUCUUGGUGUCACGCAUGUGCCCCAGGAAGUUUUUGAAAUGUAUUUGCAGGAUAUCAGUCCCCGGUACGCUGCAGAAACUUACAGUUUGCUCACUCACAAUUGCAACAAUUUCAGCAAUGAGGUUGCUCAAUUUUUGGUGGGUGCAACUAUUCCGGACUAUAUCUUGAACCUCCCCAAUGAAGUUAUGAGCAGUCCAAUGGGUGCUAUGAUAUUGCCUAUGAUACAGCAACUGGAGACAACGUUGAGAGCAGGUGCUGUUCCCCAAGUGCCACAGUUCCGCCCCCCUACACAAGCCCAGACUCCCCAGCCAACAAGCACCAUCGGGAAAUCUGUAGCUAGUGGUAGCAAGUCAUCAACAACAAAAGUGAAUCUCAAAGAGAGUGGAAGUAAAGUGAAAUCUGAAGAGCAACUUGCCAAGUUUGGGGAGUCAAAGAAGACGGACAAAACGGUGUCACAGUUAAAGUCAUCUGUCAAUGAUCCUAUUGGGAAUGCCCGGAACAAGGUACAAGAGGAGAUCUGCGCUGAAUUCACUGCCAUUAUGGCAAGUGGGACAUUACGUGCCAGUGAGGCUGCAGCACUUGCAACCCGAAGGGUGAUGCAAAGACACGGGUAUGCAAAUACUGCACAGAGCUAAGUGUUCAGAAGGAUUGUGUUCCAUUUUUCAACAGUAUUGUUUUAUUGGACAAUCUAUAUUUGUGGGUUUUAAUGAAAAACCCCAUUGAAAUUUGUUGACACAUCGUUAUUUUAAACAGAUGAAAACUGUCUGCCCGGUCAGUAUCAAUCCAGCUGCCUUGAAAUAUAUUUCCUAUUUUUAUUUUUUUUAUUUGUUA